AUGAAUUUAGAAAACGUCACCACUGUCGAGGAGCUACAACGUCAGCUAGAAGCCGCCAACGCAAGAAAUUCACAACUUGAGCAUUUCGUCCAAAGUCAACUCAACGGAGACCCUACAGUUCUAAAUCAUGUCGCCCAGAACUUUGCUCAGGGUGGUUUCCAGAUCCCAAGCAAUGGUGUCUCAAAUACACGAAGUGUCGGCCUCUCCCGUAGCAAGUCCACCAUGGCAUACCCCACACAAGUAAAGUCUGCCAUUACGGAACGAUUUCAAGCUCAUAAGCGUGAGAGAAGAGCCUUUUCUCAACAGUCUAGCUCCGCACUACCCAUGAGCCGCAGUGUUUCAAAUCGUUCAGAGUCUCAUAUGCCUUUCUCACAAACGGGCAACCGCAUUGCACCUUUGAGUUCAUCCAUGGACCGAUUUACCUCACCUCAAAGCCAGUCUACCAACCUACCUCUUGAAGCCGCCUCAAAUCAACUUCAAAGUGUCCAGGAGAACCAACCUAUGCUCAACAUCGGCAUGGACCCCGAAGACUUCCUAAAACAGUGGCCCGAGACUCCACAAGCUCCUCAGCACUACGACUCAUCGUUCUCGGGGAUGGCUUACAACAUGGUGACCGAAAACCCAUAUGCCACUUUGUCAUCAAGUAUUCCUUCCAGCUACCCUAUGUCUUCGGCUUGCCCAUCAAUGAUCUCUGGUCCAUCCGCUGCCGAGGCCGCAAGCCCCUUGACCCGCCAGAACAGCUCCUACGACAACUACGGCGCUGGCAUGGAGCGUAUGGAAUCUUCGCAGUCUCAGGCUGAUGCCCUCUUCGCACCCGAUCUGUCUCCUGCUUCUGUCAACAUAUACCCCACCGGCAAGCAGUAUACCUCUGAGCAAGACCUCUUUGGUCUCGGUGCCAGUCUCACCUCUGCCAAUGUUCAGCAGUAUGUCGACUCCAACGGAAACACUUUGAUGGCAUCGCCCGAAUCAACCGACAUGGAGCGAUCCAUCUCCAACGCUAGCAUGUCAAGCGUUCGAUCAAACGCUUCCAACCUGGAACGCCGAGCCAAGGAAGCCCGCGAGCGAGUUCUCCAGGCAGCCAAGACCAUCCAGCUCGCCCCCAAGCCCAAGGAGGAGCUUGCUAAGAGUGAAGCCAACUCUGCCGCUUCUAAGGAUGCCAAGCUCCCCGUCAAUAAGAGCAACUACCAGCGCCCUAAGCACCCCAAGGUCUACUGCACUCAGUGCACCGACCAUCCUGAUGGCUUCCGUGGUGACCAUGAGCUUCGCCGACACGUCAACGCCAAGCACGAAGGCACUGUCAAGAAGUUCGUCUGCCGUGAUCCCGCCUCUGUUGGUAUCGAUAGCAAUGUCAAGGCUGUCAACCCCUUGUCCAAGUGCAAGGCAUGCAUAUCCGGAAAGGAGUACGGCGCUUACUAUAACGCCGCUGCUCAUCUUAGACGCACUCACUUCAAGCCCAAGACUCCUCGCGGCAAGAAGGGUGCCAACUCCGAUGAGAAGCGUGGUGGUAAGGGUGGUGGCGACUGGCCUCCCAUGUCCGAACUCAAGGCUUGGUUCGUCGAGAAGAAAGUCAAAGUUGACUUUAACGAGUCCCCCAUGACUGAGCAAGAUGAGUCUGAUGACAUGGCUGAAGGUGAGAUGGAGGGUUCCAUGCCUCCUCAGAUGGACAUGUUCCAGGGCAUUGGCAGCAAUAUGGCUCCUUUCAACAUGGAGACUGGCUACGAUCUUGCCGUCGAUGGCAUUGCUGAUCCUGCCAUCAUGGCUAGUGUCAAUGGCGAGCUUAUCUCUGCUCCCAUCUCAUCUGCAUCUGGCAACUUUGGUUACUCACCCUUCUCUAAUGCCUCUCCCAUUCACGGACUCCCUGACAAUUAUGCUUUCUCCGAGCAUGCUACUUCCACCUAUGGGUCCAAUCUCUCUUCCAACACUAUCACCCCUGCCACCUUUCAAGACAUGUCCCAUAUGAGUAUGGCUGACAAUGGCCUAUGGGUUUCCUAA